CUUGAUGAUGUGGCAGGGUCAAGGAGGUCAGCUCUGUUCCGUGUCAAAGCAUCAGAAGAUGCAUCAUCCUCCAUCGAUACAGAUGAGUUGUUCAACGAUCUAAAAGAGAAGUGGGAUGCAGUUGAAAACAAGCCAACAGUUAAAAUCUACGGAGCAGGAGGAGCUGUUGCAAUCUGGCUAUCUUCGGUUGUUAUCAGUGCCAUUAACAAAGUUCCAUUGCUUCCCAAUUUAAUGGAGUUGGUAGGAGUUGGAUAUUCGGGAUGGUUUGUCUACAGAUAUCUUCUCUUUGAGUUAAGCAGGAAAGAGUUGGCCACAAACAUAGAGUCAAUCAAGAAGAAGACCACAGAGGUUGUGAUCUUGAUCGUCUUGAUCUUGGGAGAUCUUGUAGUUCUUGAAAACUACAGAUCUGAUAUUUGGUUGAAGAUUGCACCCUCUGGUUUCGGCUCCUGA